UCCAGAGCCAGUGCUUAAGACAAGAGCUAUGAUCAGAGUGGUUCCUGCUCAUCAGUGAAUUGAGGAAUCUGCUGUACCGGGUAUCUAAAGACUAUGUCUCUGUUCCUGAGUAGUAACAGCACAUACAAGCCAGAUGAUGGUGCCACACUACAGUAUGCACCGGAAAUCAUUGGUUCCUUAAUUAUCUUCAUUCUCACCUUUAUCCUGGGCCUCCUGGGCAACGGCUUGGUGAUCUGGGUGGCUGGCCUGAAAAUGAAGCGGACCGUGAACACUGUGUGGUUCCUGCACCUUGCCAUCGCUGACUUCCUGUGCUGCAUGUCUCUGCCAUUCUCCAUCAUUCACCUGAUCCUCCAUGAGUACUGGCCAUAUGGCUACUUCCUCUGCAAGGUUAUCCCAUCAGCCAUCAUCCUCAACAUGUUUGCCAGCGUCUUCCUCCUCACUGCCAUCAGCAUUGACCGGUGCCUGAUGGUGAUGAAGCCAGUUUGGUGUCAGAACCACCGUAAUGUGAGGCUUGCAACAGCGAUGUGCUGUUGUAUCUGGCUCUUGGCCUUCAUUAUGUGUUGUCCUGCCUUCCUGUACCGUAAGACCUUCAAAGAUGAAUUUGGCAAAACUGUUUGUACUUAUCAAUUUGGAGAUAGGGAUUAUGAAGAUUAUAUAAAUUAUGGGAAUGAUUCAGCCAUGAGCUCCAGCAUAUCCUCAGAUGAAUAUCCUGGUGGUUUCUCCAGCACUGAUAUUCCUGGCACCCUGUACAAUGAUACUAUCUUAUUGGGGAACUUGAAUGAUUACUUCUCCUACAGCAGUCAGCCAACCACCCUACUGGCCAUAAAUAUUACUAGGAUUGUCUUUGGCUUCCUCCUUCCCUUUAGCAUAAUGGCAGCUUGCUACAUCCUUAUAGUCAUUAAGAUGCAUAGAGUCCAAUUUACCAAACCCCGUGGUAAGACCCUGCGAGUGAUCCUGGUUGUGGUGGUUGCCUUCUUUGUCUGUUGGGCUCCGUUCCAUGCAGUUGGGGCACUGUCUCUCCUAGCUAUGCCAGGCACUGGAUUUAGGGAGGCAGUAGCACUGUGGGACCACCUCUCUAUAGCACUGGCCUAUGUUAACAGCUGCAUUAACCCUUUGCUCUACGUAUUUGUGGGGCGGGACUUCAGGCAGAAGGCACGCCAAUCAGUGCAGGGCAUCUUGGAGGGUGCUUUCAGCGAGGAAGUUACACGCUCCACUUCCUACUCACGGGACAGGAUCAAGACUUCAGCAGACAGGGAUAUCAGCAGCAACACUCUCUAAAAUGGGGCUUCUAGACAGCACUGCCAGGGCAGGGGCGAGGGGACACAUUUGCAGUUUCUUUGGCAGUGACUUUUUGCUUUAGGACAGCAGAGCCAGAACAAUGAGUUUGACUAUAAUCUGUAUGGGAUGCCCAUGGGGAUUGCGGCAGUUCCGAGCAGGCCAACCUCCCACUGAAUAGCCUCCUGUUAGACAUGCCAAAAACAGGAAUCUUCUGAUGAGACAUACAAGGGAGACAGAGAGCCCCUUAUUUGAGAGAGAGAAGUGCACUUGUGAGAUGUGUGGUGGGAUUAUGUGGUUUCUCCUUUGACAUUACUAAAGAAGAAUGUUAUUGCAGAAUAUCUAUAUACUACAUUUAUUGAGUAUGUAUCACAUCAUCUAUACCUGCUAAAUUACAGGGAGAAGUUACUUCGAUAUUUCUCCUUGGAGUUUGUCAUUGUACCCAUCCCCACCCUUAACUCUGCUUCAGCUAGGAUCCUGAACUUUUUUCACAGCAGUGCCCAGAAGGAUUGGCCUCUAGGAAUUCUAGUUUUCCUCACAACAGUGCAUUGUAGCAGACAUCCCCUACCUGGUCAUCAGCACUGGAAGCUGCCUUUCAGGCCAGUAUUCCUAGGGUCUUUCAGUUUCAGUUAACCAUGGCCUUCCUCCCUACUAUUCCUGUCCCCAAAGGGCCACUUCUCUUAUUUUCAUGGCAGCUCACGGAGAGUUUCUACAUCGCAGCUAAUACAUCACUGCACAGAAUCAAUAACUGGGGCAUAAGGGGCAAUUUUCUGAAAAACAAACCUCAUGCUAUGGACAUAGGUUCAUUAGAAAUAGGACCCUCCUUUAUGGCUUUAGAAGGUCCCCUUGAUAUUACAACCUGAGAUACAAUGAUGAGGCAAUUGAGGUAGGUCCCACCAAUCAUGGAGAUGUCCCUACUGCAUCUAAAGCUGCUGGAUACCCAAGUAAUCCAGCAAGUAACCCUAAGCAGGCUGGAGCUGAGUCACCCCUUCUGUAAAAUUUCAGAAGUGAGAUGGCUUGGAAGGUAGUGUGCCUGAAUUCAAACUGUAUGCUUCCAUUAGACACGAGAAAGGACUGAGAGAUGUGGAAGGAAGUGGCCACACAGAAACACACAGUGCUAUAAAUACUCAUGUACACGAACAGCCUGUUGUUUCCUUCAGUGCAAAAUAGAGUUGGGCCAAAGCCACAGUUCUGAUCAGAUAUGAACUUCCCCAAUGCUUAGAGUAUUCUAAACCUAGAAUUCGACUAGACGUGCAAAGUAAAAGAUGCGUAUGGAAAAGUUUUAAAGCAAGGGAGCGCUAUCUAUACACAUGGACACUACCAUGACUCCCACGUCUCCAAGUGUAAAUAAAUGCUGCAACAAACAAUGCUGACAUCAUGGUAGGGCUCUACUAUAUACCACAGAGCAGGAAGUGGGGUGGAUGAUGCACUUUUAGAACCCAUAACAGAAAUAUCCAAAACAUGAAACUUUGUAGCAGAGGGAUUUUUACUAUCCUGGUAUUUGUUGGGAAAGUGACACAGCAAACCACAAAAUUCCCAUAAGUCUUGGAAUGUACUGGGACAUCUUUUUGUUUCAGAAAGUGGAACAAGUAACAAGUGGGGCAGCUACUUUAGCCUUGAUUCUGACUAACAGGGAGGAAAUUGUUGAACAUCUGAAGGUAGAAGGCAAAAUGGGUGAAAGUGAUCAUAAUAUGCAAGAUUUUAUGAUUCAAAGGAAGUGAAGGAGUGAAGCAACGAACUUCCAAAAAGCAGCCUUUAACUAACUCAGAGAACUUGUAGGUAAGGUCCCCUGGGAAAAAAAUCUAAGGGAAAAAGGAGUUCAGCAGAAUUGCCAAUUUCUUAAAGAGACAAUAUUAAAGGUACAACUGUAAAUUAUCCUGAUAGAAGGAAAUAUAGGAAGAAUAGUAAGAGGCCAAUAUUGCUCCAUCAGGAGCUCAUUAAUGACCUGAAAACCAAAAAAGAAUCCUGCAAAGAGUGGAAAUGUGGAUAAAUAGAUACGGAUGAAUGCAAAAGAAUAGCACAAGCAUGUAGGAACCAAAUCAAAAAAGCUAAAGCACAAAAUUAAUUACACCUAGCAAGGCACAUAAAAGGCAAUAAGAAAAGGUACUACAAAUGUAUUAGGAGCAAGAGAAAGGUGAAGGGAAGUGUAAGUCCACUACUCAGUGGAGACGGAGAGCUUAUAACUGAGAAAUUAAGAAAGCAGAAGUGUUCAAUGACUAUUUUACUUCAGUCUUCACUAAUAAGGUUAAGCGUAAGUCAAUGUUUAUUAAUAUUAAUUACAAGGAGAAGGAACACAAGUCAGAAUAGGGAAAGAACACAUUAAAGAUUAUUUAGGUAAAUUAGCUGUGUUCAAGUCAGAAGGGCCUCACAAAAUUCAAAUUAGGAUAUUUAAGUAACUAGUUGAAGCAAUCUCUGAACUGCUAGCAAUUAUCUUUGAGAACUCAUGGAGUGCAGGUGAGGUCCCAGAGAGCUGGAGAAGGGCAAACAUAGUGCUUAUAUUUAAAAAGAGGAACAAAAAGGACUCAGGAGAUUAUAGACCAGUUAGCCUAACUUCAAUAUCUGGAAAGAUAAUGGGACAGAUUAUUAAACAUCUAGUGGAUAAUAGGGUGGUAAGCAACAGCCAACAUGGAUUUGCCAAGAACAAAUCAUGCCAAACCAACCUAGUUAUCUUCUUUGACACUGUUAUUAGCCUAGUGAAUGGAGGGUAAGGGAGGGAUAGCAGUAGAUGUGAUAUAUCUUGACUUUAGUAAGGUUUUGACACGUCAUGUGACAUUCUCAUAAGCAAACUAGGGAAAUGUGGUCUAGAUUAAGUUACUAUAAGACAGAUGCACAAGUGGUUGAAACACUGUACUCACUCAAGGAGUUAUCAAUGGUUUUCUGUCAAAAUGGUGAAACGGAGGGAGAGCAUCUCAUGGGUACCAACUGGGGACAAUCCUAGGUCUGGUGCUAUUCAAUAUUUUCAUUAAUGGCUCGGAUAAUAGUGUACUUAUGAAUUUUGCAGAUGACAUCAAGCUGAGAGGCGUUGCAAAAACGUUAGAGGACAGGAUUAGAAUCCAAAAUGACCAUAACAAAUUGUAGAAUUGGUCUGAAUUCAACAAAAUGAAAUUCAAGAAGCCAAAUGCAAAGUACUUCAUUUAAGAAAGAAAA